UCUGAUGUAUGAACAUCCUGUACAUUUGUAGAUAUAACUAUUAGUUAUUUUAACUGUACUUUCAGGAAGAGGCCACUUGUCUGUGUACAAUAUCCACGCCUUCGUUAGCCGACCGUUACUCCGCCAACCAGCAAGUAUGAAGUCAGUUGCUUUUCUGCUUCUGUGUCCAUGGCUUGUGUUUGGCCAUGCACUGACCAAGAACCACGUUUACAUCUACAAUGACUUUGGUUCGGACGAACUUCAUGUAACGAGAAUGCUGGGGCACUUACGGGAUCUCCUGGACCCAUCAUAUGUUGUCGAACCUAUCACGGCCGUCGCUGUCAAAGAAGGUAACUGGAUUAACAACGCAGCUUUGUUCGUGAUGCCUGGAGGGUUCGAUCUUGGAUUCAUAUCUGCUCUCGGAAACGAAGGCGCCGAGAAUAUUAGAAGUUACGUUCGAAACGGCGGAUCCUACCUUGGUCAGGGAGCGGGGUCCUACUACGCCUGUAACAGCAUCCAGUUUGACUUGAAUGGUGACGACGAGGUUGUCGGAGACCGCCCCCUCAAGUUUUAUCCAGGCAUGUGUAGCGGUCCAGUGUUCGGUCCGUACAGCUACAAUGACUACAGUAGUGCACGUGCUGCUAUGAUCAACUUCCGGUAUAUUUCCCCAACCACUGGUGAAGAGGAGGCAUCCGUCGACUUCAGAGCUUAUUACAACGGCGGCAACACUUUUAACUUGCCAAUGAAUACCUCAAACACCAGAUGUGGAUCCAUUGCCUCUUUCGUUGAGAGUAACGACGAUCCCGCCAUCGUCAAAUGCAAUACCUACCUGGGCAGAGCAGUCCUAACAAGCGUCCAUCUCGAAUUUGGACACAUGCAUCUUAAUUCAGGGGACCCGUACCUUGCGGUAGUUAAACAAUCGAUGAUCGAGGGCGGAGAUGACGCCAGGAUCCCUGUGUAUGUCUCCAUUCUGCGGCAUCUUAAUAUGGACAUUGCAACCGCUGUGUUAAGUGCUUUAUAAUGUACCAAGUCAUAUUUCCCUCUAUGUUAGAUUUAAAAUUCUCUACAUGAGGUAGUGGAACAUCAAUACAAAUAAUGUCAGUAAUCAAAAGAUAGUGGAACAUCAAUACAAAUAAUGUCAGUAAUCAAAAGGUAGUGGAACAUCAAUACAAAUAAUGUCAGUAAUCAAAAGGUAGUGGAACAUCAAUACAAAUAAUGUCAGUAAUGAAAAGGUAGUGGAACAUCAAUACAAAUAAUGUCAGUAAUGAAAAGGUAGUGGAACAUCAAUACAAAUAAUGCUAGUAAUCAAAAGGUAGUGGAACAUCAAUACAAAUAAUGUCAGUAAUCAAAAGGUAGUGGAACAUCAAUACAAAUAAUGUCAGUAAUGAAAAGGUAGUGGAACAUCAAUACAAAUAAUGUCAGUAAUGAAAAGGUAGUAAAACAUCAAUACAAAUACUGUCAGUAAUGAAAAGGUAGUGGAACAUCAAUACAAAUAAUGUCAGUAAUGAAAAGGUAGUGGAACAUCAAUACAAAUAAUGUCAGUAAUGAAAAGGUAGUGAAACAUCAAUACAAAUAAUGUCAGUAAUGAUAAGGCAGUGGAACAUCAAUACAAAUAAUGCCAGUAAUGAAAAGGUAGUGAAACAUCAAUACAAAUAAUGUCAGUAAUGAAAAGGUAGUGGAACAUCAAUACAAAUAAUGUCAGUAAUGAAAAGGUAGUGGAACAUCAAUACAAAUAAUGUCAGUAAUGAAAAGUGAUUGUUAGUGACUUUACCAUGUAAAUACAGUGUCUAUGGAAGAAAUAAAAACAGAAACAAUGAAAUACAAAGAAACAGCUUAGUUAAUGAAAUAAUAAUAGUAUUAAUAUAAUAGAAAGCGAACUGUGCAUAGUAUAAUUUGAAAGGAAACCUGAUGUCCAUACUUUCAAUGAUAUAUCAUCAGAGUGAAAUGUUAAUUAGUUAUAAGUGGAUAUGUGCUAUGUAAGCCGAUAAACAUUUAAUAAGACAGAUAUCGACAAAGGGUGCGUAGCCAGAGUGAAAAUAUAAUUUAAAAAAUCUGCCAUACGAGAGAAAUAUGUUUGAUAUUAAACACCAAACCUUUGAAUUUUCCAUUUAUUACAUUUCGAAUGAGGCCUUAAUUUUUUUAUUUAAAUUUGUCUUUACCUGCCUACUGGACAGUUGCUAGGCCGAUCCGUGAAAAUGACAAUUAAUCGAGUCAGCUGAUCGGGAUAAGUGCGCAUUUCAAAAUAAACGCGACACAAUAUAGUUCCAUAUUUAAAAAUAUAUUAAAAUUAAUAAACGACACUUAUAAACUUCAGUGCGUGUUUUUUUUAAUUCCUAAAACACUAUUUAUGUAAACAGUGAAGUUGAUAUAGAUAUUUAAUGAUAAUAGUCCGUCUAGUAUAACUGUGCCCAUGUCGUAGCGACCGAUGGAAAUUAGUUCGUGCAAACCUUAUAUUUUCACCGAUAAAUUUUACAUUUUCACUGCUCAUCACUUCAGUGAAAAUAACUUUUAUCAAUUUGGUAUUUUUUUUAUAUUUCACAGGCAAAAAUGUAAUAAAAGGAUAUAUUCAUUUCCAAAU